AUGAAACUCUUAGACAAAAUGAUAUAUGUAGGUUUUAUGAUAAUAACGGUGACAUGGUUCGUGUCCAUAAGUCAUGGUCAGAUUGGUGAUGUAGCCGAAGCACCCGGCAACCCAACCAUCGGACUCGACACUUCUUGGUAUGACGCACGAGCCACAUUUUACGGUGAUAUCCAUGGUGGAGGCACUCAACAGGGAGCUUGUGGUUACGGUGAUCUAAACAAACAAGGUUUUGGUCUAGCCACAGCAGCAUUGAGCACGACACUCUUCAACGAUGGGUACACAUGCGGGGCUUGUUACGAGAUCAUGUGCACGCGUGAUCCACAAUGGUGUUUGCCCGGAUCCAUCACGGUCACAGCAACAAAUUUCUGUCCACCAGAUUACACCAAAACUAAAGACAUUUGGUGUAACCCACCACAAAGACACUUUGAUCUCUCCCAACCAAUGUUCCUCAAGAUCGCCAAAUACAAAGCCGGGGUUGUCCCAGUUAGAUACAGACGUGUUCCUUGUGUGAAGGCCGGUGGUGUCAAAUUUGAAAUCAAAGGAAACCCUAAUUUCUUAACAAUAUUUUCAUAUAAUGUUGGCGGAGCCGGAGAUAUUAAGUUCAUGCAAAUUAAGGGAACUAGGACCGGAUGGAUAACAAUGAGCAAGAAUUGGGGACAAAACUGGACCACUGGUUUUGUACUGACCGGUCAGGGUUUAUCAUUGAGGAUUACAACAAGAGAUGGGGUUUCAAAAGACUUUACUAAUGUGAUUCCACCGAAUUGGGGAUUUGGUCAAACUUUUGAUGGGAAAAGUAACUUUUAA